ACACUUGCCUGGGAUGGAGCUAGAAAAGCGACGAUACAGGUGGAGCUGACUAGCAAGCGCUAUCCACAGCUGCGGCGCGGCAACUUCGCAACGUUGAACGACGACGACAUCGGCUACUUCCGGUCGUUUCUCUCGUCGUCGCAGGUUUGCACCGACCGAACGGAGCUGGAUGGAUACAACGAAGAUUGGAUGCACAUGUGCAAAGGUGCGAGUUCCCUCGUGUUGAAACCGAAGACGACCGACGACGUCUCGCGCAUCAUGGCGCACUGCGAUAAGCGCCAUCUGGCGGUGGUUCCGCAGGGCGGGAACACGGGGCUGGUCGGAGGCAGCGUUCCUGUGUUUGAUGAGGUCGUGCUUAGCACUGCGCUCAUGAAUAAGAUCCUAGACCUCGACGAGAUAUCAGGUGUUGUCACGUGUCAGGCAGGCUGCAUCCUGGAGACGUUGGAUGACCACGUCGCGGAGCGCGGACUCGCGAUGCCGCUAGACCUCGGAGCGAAAGCAAGCUGUCACAUCGGUGGUAACGUGUCGACGUCAGCCGGCGGCGUGCGUCUGAUCCGAUACGGAUCGCUACAUGGGAGCGUGCUCGGCCUAGAAGCCGUGCUAGCGAGUGGAGAGGUGCUGGACUGCAUGUCAGGGAUGAGGAAGGACAACACGGGAUACGACCUCAAGCAGCUGCUGAUUGGCUCAGAGGGAACGCUGGGCGUGGUCACCAAGGUGGCCAUCUUGUGUCCCAGCAGACCGGCGGCAGUCAACGUGGCAUUGUUGGCCUGUAACAGCUUUGCAGAUGUGCUAAAGACACUGCAGAAGGGCAAGGCUAUGCUCAGUGAGAUACUGUCUGCCUUUGAGCUGAUUGACAGUGCUUCCAUGAUGGCCGUGGAAAAGUACCUGCACCUCAGGAAUCCUCUCUCGAGCGGAGAGUUCUACUGUCUCGUCGAGACGUCGGGGUCACACGCAGGUCACGACGAAGAGAAGCUGACAGCGUUCCUAGACAGCGUCAUGGAGGAGGGGAGCGUGUGCGAUGGCACUGUCGCUCAGGGUAUUACCCAGCAGAAGGUGAGCAUGAGAAGCAGGGUAUAGAGCGUGUACGACGGCACUGUCGCUCAGG